GCUUCAGAUAUUUCACUAAAGGGAACAGUCAGAUUUCAGUUGUGAUUAAAUCUAAUUGAGGAGGUUUUGUCUGAUAUGUUGAUGAGAUGAUGAAAUGCACGCUUCUUUUUGGUUGGAAAAUCGCACAGUAUACCCUUGGAUAAACUUUGAUAUCCCGUUAGCCGUGAGAGAAUCUAUAAAGCGGUUCUCUGUGAAAUUAUUUUUAUUGAAUAAAGUUAUGCCUCCCGUUUUUCUUAUUUUUUCGGUUCAAACCGUAAGUUCUCUUCGAGUUGAUGUGGUGCCCUGCACACGUCAUUCACUACAGAGUUGGAGCUGCGCUCAGUGCGCCUUUACGCACAGGGAGUGUGUAUGGGAGGAUAACGUCGGGAAAGCCCGUUAUUCUAUAGGAGAGGGUGGGGUUUUGGAGCGAGUUCUUCUCCUGCUCCAUUCAGACGACAGAGGUACUCAUAGAGUUUUCGUCGUCGUUCCUCGAGAGAUCCGUCACAAGGACGCGCUCCAUCGCAGCUCUCUGACUUUUAUCGUUGACGUUUGUUUUUGAAUAGAAGGCCUAUAGAAGGUAAUUAUGGCAUUAUCGUUCUUAUAUCCGCUUUGCGUGUGGUUUUGCGUCAUAUGCACAUCGAUGGAAACCGGAUUUAUCUACCAGUACCCCGCUGUGGGUCUCCAACGCGUCACCGCGCAGCAGCGCUCGGUCAGCGGGCCACCGGGAGCCACUCAGAACCAGUACAGGAACUGGUGCCAGUACACAGUCUCCAGGACCGUGAGCUGCCAGGUUCACAACGGGACGGAGACGACCGUCCAGCGCGUGUUCCGGGGCUGCCGCUGGCCCGGGCCGUGUCCCAAGCUCAUCAGUUACAGGACCCUGGUGAGACCGGCCUACAAGGUGGCGUACCGGCAGGUCACCGCCCGGGAGUGGAGGUGCUGCCCCGGCUUCAUAGGGGAGACGUGUCGGGAAGGUAGCGCGCGCUCACAGGCACACGCACACACACGCCCGGACGACGACGCUCCUCUCACCUACCCUGGACCAGACCUCAGCCUGGACCAGACCUCAGCCUGGACCAGACCUACCCUGGACCAGACCUCAGCCUGGACCAGACCUCAGCCUGGACCAGACCUCCAGGGACCAGACCUCCAGGGACCAGACCUCCAGGGACCCCGGCUCCGGUGGGACGCCCCCCCUCCUGGUUGCCUCGUCUCCACCAGUCAGCGGAGGUCAGCGCCCCUCAGCCUGAUCAGGGGUUGA